CGGAGCCACCGGGAACGGGGCUGGGAAAGUGAACGGGGCUGGAAACGGGGCUGGGAAAAGGUGGUGGGGGGUGGGUGUCACAGCGAUGCUGAGCCGCCUGGGCGCUUUGCUGCAGCAGGCGGUGGAGACGCGGGAGCCCAGUCUAGACCUGCUGGAAGCCUUCACCGACCACUGGAAGGGCAUCACUGGCUACUACCUGGAGGCUACGGAUGAAAGCGUCUCUGCCAGACAGACAGACAUCCCUUGGCACCUCAAGCAGAUGCUGGACAUCCUGGUGUAUGAGGAGAAGCAGCAUCCGGCAGGGGAAGCUGGCCCGUGCCUUGAGUACCUCCUGCAGCACAAGGUCCUGGAGACCCUCAGCACGCUGGGCAAGGCAGAGUAUCCCCCUGGGAUGAGGCAGCAGGUCCUCCUCUUCUUCAGCCGGAUGCUGGGGCAGAUGCAGCACCCGCUCCUGCACUACCUCAACGUGCACCGGCCGGUGCAGAAGCUGCUCCAGCUCAGCGGUGACCGCCUGGGUUCUGGCACCGAGAAGGAGGAGGUGCAGUUCACAGCCAUCCUCUGCACGAAGAUCAAGCAGGAUCCCACCCUGCUGGCAUACAUCCUAGAGGGCAAGAGCAUCCUGAAUGGGAGGAGAACCCAGGAGCUGCCGGCCAGCCCUGUGGAAGAGGGCGCAGAGCAUCCUCCCAACACCUCUGCCUGCUCCCCCUGCGCUGAACCCUCCCCACCACGGAGGGACAUCAACCUCAUCACGUCCUUGGUGGGGCUGUGCAAGAGCAAGAAGAGCAGGGUCGCACUGAAGGCUCGGGAGAACCUGCUCUCCAUCGUUGGGCUUGCCGAGGAGGCGGCUGCCGCCUGCCUGGUGCAUGGCAGCACCCUGUGCCAGCUGCUCACGGAGCAUCUCUGUGACCUCUACAACACCAUCCCCACCAGCACCGACCCCACAGAUGUCCUUGCCUUGGAGAAGGCCAGCUGGAGGUUGCAGGGUGAUGCUGUGGGUAAUGGGGUUUUCCUGGGCAAGGAGAACCUGGCUGCCUUCUUCAGCUGGCUGGACUACCUCGAGGAGUUGGUGAUGGGCGCUCAGCCGGUCAUGGCUGAUGCCAUCACCCAGACUGUGGAGGAGAAGUUCUUCCAGGGCAUCCUGCAGCCGCAGCUCCUGCAGAUGUCCGAGCUCACUGUCCUCAGCGCCACGGCCAUGCUGACGGGCACAGUGCGGCAGAUCAGUGCUCCUCCCCUGCUCCAUCGCCUCGUGUUCUUUCUGCUGGGGCCUGACCGGCACCCUGAGACCCCAGGAGAUGCCUCCCACCCUCUGCGCACCCAGCUCAUCAACCGCUGCAACCACCUCUCCGAUGAGAUCAGCCUGGCCAGCCUGCGGCUCUUUGAGGAGCUCCUGCAGAAACCCCACGAGCACGUAGCGCACAGUCUGGUGCUGAGGAACCUGGAGAUGAGGGGCUACCUGCAGCGCGGGCCCCUCGUGCACGAUGAACGCGGAGCCCCUGAGACAGACCCCGACGAGGACGGGUUGGAUCUUGAGGAGGAUCCCUAUUUCACCGAUGGAUUCCCAGAUGCCAGCUUUGGGAUGUCGCAAAAGCCUCCGGUGGGAUCGGCCCCAUCAGGGAAGGGGCAAGUGAGCGAGGUGGUCAGCAGCUUCCUCUGCUUGGUCCCUGAGGAGGCAAAGACCUCUUUGUGUAUGGAAGGAGGUGGCUAUGACACCUAUGUGCAUGACGCUCUGGGCAUGGUCCAGGCAUGCCGUGCCAGCACUGCCCCGUGGGGGUGGCCCUCAGCCCCCCAACCCCUCGAUAUCUGCCACCCUGAAGCUGCGUUUUAUGAGGGCCACUUCCUCAAGGUGCUGUUUGACCGCAUGGGACGGAUCCUGGACCAGCCCUACAGCCUGAACCUGCAGGUGACCUCAGUGCUGUCCCGUCUGGCCGCCUUCCCCCAUCCCCACCUCCAUGAGUACCUGCUGGACCCCUACCUCAACCUGGCACCCGGCUGCCGCUCGCUCUUCUCCAUCCUCGUCAGGGUGAUCGGGGAGCUGAUGCAGCGGCUCCAGCGAGUGCCCCAAUUCAAGGCCAAGCUGCUCCUGGUGCGCCAGCAGCUCAUGGGGUUGGUGCCUGGAGAGCAGAUGGACCACACGAUGCUCUUCAAGGGAGUGGUGGUGCUGGAGGAGUUCUGCAAGGAGCUGGCUGCCAUUGCCUUGGUGAAGGGACCACCGGAGAGCCCCCCCUGAGCUGUGGCUCCCUGGCCAAGCGCCCCCGCUUUGGCUGGGCUGCGGUGGCCACAACCCAUAUGCUAGUGGCUCGCUUGGACUGACAUGUCCCCAAGAGCCAGGUAUGGUGGUGGCACCCCAAGAAGGACACGUCGCAGACGCCGGCGAGGAGGAAGAAGAGGCACAGAGUCCUUCACCACCACCAUCUUGGCCAACCUAGAGGUGAUGCCGCCUCCCCGGUGCAGCCCCUUUGGGUGCUGCGUUAAUUCCUGGGUGGUGGGUUCCUGCUCCCCCUGCCCCGAGCUGCCACCAACCUCAAGCAGGAUUGGUUUGGCAAUAAUGGGGUGCAUGGGCACGGCCUUGUCCUCUCCUGUGUGGGGCAACGCCACCUCCUUGCUGCAAUAACUCGAUCAUCAGUGGUGCUGGGGUGUAGGGUGCACGUGUGUGUGUGUGUUUGUGGCUCCCUGGCAAGGACAGUGCACCCCAAAACCCCGCACAGUCCCUGGGUGAUGGGA